AUGCUGGUGCUGGACUUUGAGGGCACCGAUGGACUGGAACGGGGCGAAGACCAGUGCUUUGAGCGCCAACUCUCGCUCUUCGGGCUGAGCAUCGCUGACACGCUCAUCAUUAACAUGUGGGCCGUCGACGUUGGCCGCUUCAACGCCGCUAACCUGAACCUACUGCGCACCAUUUUCGAGGUCAACCUGCAGCUCUUCAGCCACGACAAGUACGAAGCAGAGGAGAAGCCGACUUUACUCAUCGUGCUGCGUGACUUCACCGAGGACGACCCAGCACCGAGUCUCGCCACGGUGCGCAAGUCCUUCGACACGAUUUGGGAGGGCAUCACUCGGCCAGCUCAGUUUGCGGGCGCCAGCAUCGAUGCUCUGUUUCACUUGAAGUACUACGUGAUGCCCCACUACAAGCUGCAGAAGACGGAGUUCAUGACCUCGGUGGAGACGCUGCAGCGCUGGUUUAGCGACAGCCAGUGCCCCGACUACCUCUUUUCCCACCGCGCCAUGUUUCGCGGCGUGCCGCUCGAGGGGCUGCCGGCGUACCUGACAAGCUGCUGGGAGGCGAUCCGCACGAGUAAGGACUUGGACAUUCCGACGCAGCGUGAGAUGCUGGCGCAGCAUCGGUGCAAGGAGGCGAAGAUGCAGGAGCUCAAGGCGUUCCGCCACUUCGCUCGGAACUACGAGGACAGGCUGCUUCACGGCGAGAUGCUGCUGCGCUUGUCGGAGGUCCUGGACGAAGAGAUGGAGACCCGCCUGACCUCUUUUUAUCGGCAGACAAAGCUGUACAACAGCGACGUCGUGGGGCAGUACGCGAAUGAGCUGGAGACAGAGCUAGUGAACGCCACAAUGCGUGUAUUGAACCGACUGUCCAAGGCGAUCGCCGCCGAAGUGCUGUCGAACGCCGAGCCGCGCGUGCUGAACAGCGUCGAGGAGAGCCUUCGCCAGCUGCUCAAGUCAGCUCAGACACUGCCAUUCAGCGCAGGCGAGGGCCCCGGCGCCGCAGAGGCUGCAGAGGUGAACGACGUGGAGGGAGACGCAGCGCACCUUGUCGGGGCACAGCGGAUGGACUCGCCUGCGUGCCAGAAACUUGUUCGGAGUUUCUGGCGCUCUCUCAGCAGGCAUGUCAACGAGGUGGUCGCGGAGGUCGCCGCAAUGCCGCCGCGCGCCCAUCUCUACGGCCGCUAUGUCGCCCUCAUCGCCCAGGAUCCCACGACGCGGCUCAACGUGCUGAACAUCGUCACGGACGCGCUCUUCCAGAAGGUGAAGUCGCGCAUGGUCUCCAUGGCUGACAGCGCGUGCGACACGAUGCACGCCGGGUUCGAGCGCAGCCUCACCCACAACAGCGACGGCACCGCCCGCUUCUUCGCCACCACCAAGGGAUUGCAGAAGGCCGUGCCAGCAGCUACGCAGGCGGGCGUGGUGGUCUUGGGAAGCCUCUUCUACUUCCGGCUGAAGCUGGUGGCGGCGGCCGACGACGACGGCAUCGGCGCUGAUGCUGCUGGUACGGCUCUGCCGCAGAGCCGCUCGGCUCGCCGUGUGAGGCAAGACCGACACCGAAUACUGUUCAACGACAACGACGCCGAGGCGGCCUUCUACCUGAGUUACAGCACCUUUGACACCGCCCCCAAGUACCCCUACGAUGUACCUGUGAGGUCUGCCGACUGCGACGGAGAAGAGGCUGGUGCCGCAGCGGACUGCAUCCUGCUCAGCCAGCAAGCCACCGUGCGCGCCUACGAGCUAUAUAGGCAGAAGUGUGACUUCACGACACAGCUGCAACUGCGAACUAUCGAGGCGGGCAAACAGCGACUUCCUGCCUGGGUCAUUCCAGCCCUCUUCAUUUUGGGCUGGAACGAGCUACUUUAUGUGCUCACCUCGCCUGCUCUGCUAGUGCUUGUGGUCGUUAUCUGCGCCGUUUUCUUCAAGCAGUUCUUUGUGUCACAGUGGCACGCGUUCGAGGAGACGGGCCCGGCCAGCGUCGUGAUACCGACGAAGACGGUGAUCCACACGCUGAGCACCCUGGUGCGCCCUCUGCUCGACUAUGGACCGGGCCCUCGCACGGAGCGCACAGAGCGAAGCCACGAUGCCGCUGCCGCGGUAGAGGAGAUGUCCCAUGUUGAGGCCACAUGUACACACGUGGACCCGACGCUGGGCAGUGCCAACUUGCCAGCCGCCCCGGCUACGAUGCGCCACCGCACAAGUCGGAAACUGGACUAA